AGAAACAUCCUUUUUUAGAAACAUCAGUCCAUUCUGUUCGGCACGUGACUGGUUGACUUCAUAUUCUUUAAAAACUUUGUAUAUUUUCUGACAGGUGAGCGUGUUCACGUCCGUGAGCAAAGCCAUCGUGUGCUGCAUCGCGUGUUUUAUCAUUGUCCUCGCCUCACCCUCCAUAACUUCGCUGUGUGGCGUAUGGACGAUGUCGGAUUCUGCGCAAUGUAUGGUAUCGAAGGCUAUUUCGAGUUCUUCAAGAAGGUGUGGUCAAAGGUCAUGCCUUUCUUAUAUUCUGUAGUUCCCUGCAUCCUUCUUGUCCUCUUAAACAUCGUCAUCAUUAGUGGCCUGAGCAGGUCCAAUAGAAUCAGGCAACACAUAGCAGAAGGCGACAAAAAAACAAAGAAAGAGACAGCGACCCAGACAAAGCAGGUCACCCUGAUGCUGCUUUCAAUCUCUAUCCUCUUCCUCAUCACGAACAUCCCCUAUGCUAUCUUCCAUGUCUUUGGGAAUAUCGGUGGCUGGUAUGUUGCCGUAGACGACGUAGAACAUCUAUUCACACUUAAACAUCUUAAUUACAAUAUGAUGUCGACCUUCUUCACAAUGUGGCGCGAUCUGAACCACUCUCUCAACUUUAUUUGCUACUUCUUCUCCACUCGUCGCUUUAGACAAGAAUUCAAGAAACUGUUUUUUGAUAACAAGAAAACUAUGACUUGCUGUUUGAUGACAACAAAAGCAGCUAGAGUUACUUCAGAUGCCUCAAUGUCAGACAAUACGGGUCGGACAACAAAAGCAACUAGAGUUACCUCAGAUGCUUCAAUGUCAGACCAUACUGGUCACACAACAAAAACAACUAGAGUUACCUCAGAUGCUUCAAUGUCAGACCAUACUGGUCACACAACAAAAGCAACUAGAGUUACCUCAGAUGCUUCUAUGUCAGACCAGACUGGUUCCUAUCCUUGAUUACCCACUGCAGCAGCACAAAAAGAGACAUUUUACACAACUGCCUCACUUUUCCUUUCGUUUGUUUUAUUUAUAUAUAUAGCUUGUCGAUUAACAAUAACAAUUAUUAUAACAUUAUAAUUAUAAGGAACAUUCGAAAAGUCGCUAAAAAGCGGAUGACUUAAUUCAAUUCUUGCACAUAC